AAAAGUAGGUUCCCUUGCCAGCCCAUGGUAGCAUCCGGAUUCCUUCAGUAGCGUGUAGAGCAGAGCAUUCGUGGUCUUCCGAAGGUAGCUUGAUAACCAAGUCACCGCUUCCCACUCCCGGUGCGCAGGUUAAACUUUUGAAAAUUGCUCCCUUCGGAUUCCGUAGGAACCCUAGUCGGGAAUCGAAGAAAGAAUCAUCGGAUCGACGGAGGAAAUGAAAGCUGAUGAAAAAACAGUGAUGACCCUAAUUAGGGCAUCGAGGCCAUCUUUCAGAAACGAUCACGACAAGAUUGCUUUCGCCGUUCAUGCUACCUUUCUCGCCUCCGGCUACGUCCUCACGGCCACUGGAACCCCCGCUUUCUCCAAUUCUGCUCUUUCUUCAACCUCUUCCGAUGAGGUGGGAAUUGAUCACUGGAACCAGCAAGAUGGAGAGUAUGCAUUUGUCUACACAAACCCCGAAAAAGAUUCAAAGAAAGUGUUGUUGAAGUGCAUUGUCAUGAACAAUAAAUUGCUAGUUGAUGCUUUGUGCGAGGGUGGUUCUGAGCCUGUACAUCUUGAAAUCAAUGUUGAGGACUAUGUUGGGGAAAACAAUGGGCCCAAUUAUGCUACACAGUUCAAGAAUUUGGAUAAGCUUGUGAAGAGCUUGCAAAAGGAAAUAUUUUCUAAAAUGCAUAAUUUUUCAACCGGCCGUCCAUCUGAUAAACCUUCAAGUUCUAGAACAAGAGAAGAAUCCAGACAUAACCCAGUAGAGCCUGGUGUGGGACUUACUGAGCCUCAAGGCCCCCAAAUUUAUCCCUCAAGAGUUGUAUAUCCUCCUGUUUAUCCACUUGGUAGCAGUGAUCUUUUACCUGGUCCUGGCGCUGGGAUGUACCCUAUCAGGGGUGAUUUUGGCAGGGGAGGUGGCAUGCUUCUAGGACCUAAUGAUCCUAGUUGGUUUGGAGGGAUAGGUGGAGGACCUACUUUACCUGGACCACCAAUUAUCCCACCAGGCGUUCGUUUUGAUCCCUAUGGUCCACCUGGUGUUCCUGGUUUUGAGCCUCAACGAUACACUAGGAAUCCACAGAGACCUGCAAGGGGAACUCAUCCAGACUUGGAGCAUUUUGGUAGUGGGUCUGAUUAUAUAUAGUGCUUCCCCUUUCUCUCUCCCCUCCCUGCCCUGUUGCUUUUUUUUUUUUUGACCUUCCGUUCUUCCCUGCACCCCUCCAUGUGGAAGGAAAAGGCAAAAAACAUAAAGAAUGGCUGGUUCUUCUUCAAAGUCUCUUGCUUAUAGGAUGUUCGAUAUAUAUGUAUUUUGCAAAUAAAAAAGGUGUUCUAUUAGCCAUUUUAGAUUGGGUGCAGCAUUUUGAUUAAGGGUUCUGCCGCAAAUGGAGCAUCUUUGUGCUGAAAGCCUCUCUUUCUGCUCUCGUCUGCUGCGGCAAAUGCAGAGAGGCUGCUUAGCAGGAUAAGUUGAGGGCUCUUACGCUUCUGCUGGAGUCGGGAGGAUGUAAAUUUUAAGCCUUCAAAUUUGUGACUUGUAAAUUUCUAUUUUAAGCGUUUAUUAAAA